AUGACUCUCAAAGAUCGAAAUGCCCAUAAACGCACCCUGCGCUCCUACAUCCAAGACAGCAUUGUCGAGAGACAAUCACUCACUGACAAAUCCGACGAUGACAUAAAACGGGGAAAGGAUCGUGUCGAAGAUCUGGAAGAGCAGCUAAAGCGUGCGAAGGAGAAACUAGAGGAAGAGAGGCGACGUAGCAAGCUCGAGAAGGUAGUACAUGAUACUAAGCACGAAGGCUUGGUGGAUUUGCUAAGCAAGGUCGACCAAGCGUUGUGGAAAACAUCUUGGAGUGGGAGGAUCUAG